UUCACCUUCAAAACAGCUGACAAGGUAAUGGGUAGACGUUUUAAAAGAAAUUUGUUGUAAUUUAAUAUUUUUAGUAGGGUUAUAAUUUAAACAAAAAACAAUUAUUAAUAUAAAUAAGAGAAUUUCAUACAAAUCGAAAAUGGCCGAUUCAACCAUUAUCCCCACAGAAAAUCAUGCAGAGAGUAGCGAUAGCAACAGUAAUGGAGAAAACCAUAGCGGUAUAUCGGUGCCAAACGCAAGUGCAGUAAUGAUAGCAUCACUUAAAGCACCGGAAAUUCUUGAAGAAUAUGGACCCAAUUUAAAAUUAUUGGAUUGCAAUUCACAAGUGGCAGAGCUUUUAACAAUAAUCCGUGACAAAAACACUACGCGCAGUGACUUCAAAUUUUACGCCGAUCGCCUCAUACGUUUAGUAAUUGAAGAAUCUCUUAAUCAACUACCUUAUUCCGAUUGUCGCGUGGAGACGCCAACAGGUGCAACUUACGAUGGACUAAAGUACCAAGCUGGAAAUUGUGGUGUGUCUAUUAUACGCUCUGGCGAAGCAAUGGAACAGGGACUGCGCGAUUGCUGUCGUUCUAUACGUAUUGGCAAAAUAUUGGUUGAGUCGGAUGCGGACACACAUGAAGCACGAGUCGUUUAUGCUAGGUUUCCGGACGACAUUGCUAGUCGACAAGUGCUACUCAUGUAUCCGAUUAUGUCAACUGGUAAUACCGUUUUGCAAGCUGUGAAUGUACUUAAAGAGCACGGUGUUCCCGAAAGUUGUAUUAUAUUGUCGAAUCUCUUCUGUACCCCAAUAGCUGCUAAAACCGUAGUAGGUGCUUUUCCUAAGCUUAAAAUUCUCACAUCUGAGUUGCAUCCUGUGGCACCUAACCAUUUUGGGCAAAAGUACUUUGGUACAGAUUAAUGUGGAACUAUAUGUUUAGAUUAUCUAUAUCUGCAUAUAAAACGAUUACAAAUUAUCCUAAAGUUUAAGAUUAUUAGGGCCAUAUAGCUAUUUAAAUUGUUUUAUAUAUAUUGUUUUUCAAAACCACAAAGUAGCAACGAUGUACUUAAAGAUCGUUAACCUCUACGCUUUUUCUAUGUAUACAUUUUAAAUUUUACAAAUAUAAAUUUUUAUUUCUUAAAUUGUUAAAUAUGCAAUAUUUAAAAAAUUUUCUUUUCAAAAUUAUAACUCUUUUGAUGAAUAGAAAUUUAUUGAUCGCUUUGUUAAUUAACAUAUAUUAUGGAUAAUUUCCAGAAAAAACAACACACAUAGAUAUUUCAAAUUUAAAACUAACAUUUGUUUCAAUGUUUUCCAUUGUUCAUUUAUCAUAGCAUUUAUAAUAAAAAAAAAAAACAGAUACAUCCCUUAUUUUAGUUUGAUAUAUUGACAAUUGUUAUCUGUAAUUUUAUUUGUGAAUUAUCAGGACUUAAAAGUAAAGAGCAAUACAUAUGAAUUACAAAAAUGCAGAUAUAAAAUGAUUGAAUUAACAUAAUUAAAUAAUUUGUGCACCAGUAACUUAAUAGCAAUAAAAGGCGAUGUUAAACUACA